AUGGCUCCUGUCAUCAUGGAGCGCAGCACGUUCUGCGCCGACUUCAAGCUCCUCGCGAGGGCCCUGAAGGCCCAACGCUCGCGGCAACGAAAGCGCCGUGCCGACCGUCCUGCCGCGUGUAGCGCACGCAUGAGUGCUUCGACUGGCAUUGUCAAGUCGAGUGCUUGUGUUGGAUCGAAAGUCUCACGAUUGUCACGGUCACAACGACUGCAGAAAGACCAGCAAGAAAAGAAGAAAUGGGUUGCCGUUGGCGAUGCGGCUGGUCCCCAACAUGAUAGUGUGCUUUAUCCUCCGGCCUUUGCCGCAGCUGCUAUGAUGCUGGCCUUCAUUCCGCUUAGCAAGCCGUUAGGUCUGCUGCAGUCCCGCGCUACUGCGACUACUCCUGAGUAUCUCCUUAACCCGUAUCAGUCGCUUCAGACCGGCCUGCGCGGUGCUUCUGUUGAGAGCAUACUGGCCCGCGACCGGGACUGCUCGUUUCGCACCCGCCUGAAGGACGUCAUUUCGGACAGCGACUCGGAAACUUUUUUUGAAGACAUGAGCGACGAUGAGCAAGACCUCCAGUUCGACGACCAGGGCUGUGUUGAGGUAAAUCGAGCGAUUGGAAAAUUCGCGGCUGUUUCCAGACUCCAGCAGUCUCAUAAAGCGCAAGACAAUCAGCAGUCUGAAGUCGAGAGCGACCAACUGCUAGUCUCCAAGCCACUUAACCCCAACUUGUUCGCCCCUCCAGUCAAUGAUCAGGCAAGCGUUGACUACGACUCGAACUCUGACAUCUCAGACUCCUCUUCCACCAGCAAACACAUCGGCGAUGUCCCCCAGAUGGAGUCGCUCACUCUUCCUUUCUACUUCCCGUCUAAGCGUGCCAAGUACACUCCCAUCGAUCCGACCGAUGUUCCCGACGACAUGUCAAUCAUCUCCGAUGCCGACAUGGUCCCGACUUAUGCCCCGAAUGUUAAGAAGCAGCACGGCUUUGGUCGGUUGCCAGCCAACCUCAAGCUCGCCAACAAGGCACUGCUCAAACGCGCGCUUGUUUCCAAGGCCAGGGCGGCGAAGAAAACCAUGAAGCAGUUCAAGCGGACUUGUCGAGAAGCCAUGGGAUGUGUAUUUGAUCCUGCGUGCACCGUUGCUUCUCCUGCCGACGGACCGCUUGGAGAGCACCAAGUGAUGAUGAGUCGGAACGCGACCAAAGGGACGAAGUGUGCCUCCGUUGGGAGCCGCAGUGAGAGGCGAUGA